AUGGCCAUGUACGCGCCUCAGCCACAGUCCCCUCCAAAGCCAUGGACGGAACAGCAGCCCCGCCAUUCAUCCUCCAGGGAGUUCUCAUCGCCCCCAGAUCCCCGCCAGUCCCAGUACAUGUCCUCCACGCCGUCCUCCAGGGAGCUUCCCAGUCUCCCCGUCAACCAGUACGAACCAGAGCAGGAAUACUACGACGACCACUCCCCCGAGCAGGAUGAUGACAAUGACGAUUUCUUCAACGGAGCUGCUAAUGGCGGGCUCCAUUCUAAUUCAACCUACAAUCCCGCCGUCGAUUAUCGAACAGGAUCCGUUGCAACGCAAUCCGUUCGCUCUCCAUCCCCCCCGCCGGGGCCUAUCCUCGACCAUUCCCAUCUACGCCCUGGGAACCAGGCCUCCCUCCUCUCUCAUGAACGUACACUCGAACUCUACCGCGCAAACGCGAAGAAGACGCAGGAUCCCGACCUCCAGUUCGAGUUCGCCGUCUUCAUGAUCGAUGCCUCUAAAUCUAUGCCUAUUCCCGUGCAAACCCCCGGAAACGUAAUGGAGGUUGAGAAGGCCAUCGACAAACGCGAAGACCUCAUUCGGGAAGCCAUGGCGCUCCUCAAACGUCUCGCCGACCGAGGUCAUCCUCAAAGCCAAUACUUCCUCGCCGACUGCUACGCAAACGGCAUUGGGACUAUCAAGAGCAAGCAAGACUUCGAUCGUGCAUAUCCUCUGUUCGUACUGGCAGCCAAGCAUAACCACCCCGAUGCCGCCUACCGUGCUGGAGUCUGUUGUGAGAACGGUUGGGGCUGUAGGCGGGAAUCGGCGAAGGCGUUGCAGUUCUUCCGCAAAGCAGCUGCGGCUUUACACCCCGGCGCUAUGUAUAGGCUUGGCAUUGCGGAACUGAACGGCGAGUUAGGUCUUUCGAAAAGUCCGAAGGAGGGCGUCAAGUGGUUGAAGAGGAGCGCAGAGCAUGCUACAGCCGAAUUCCCUCAUGCACUGCAUGAAUUAGCUCUCUUGCAUGAACGCGGAAUCGACAACGUGCUGUUCAUUGACUGCGAGUAUUCGACGGAGCUAUUAGCCCAGGCCGCAGAGUUAGGUUAUGCCCCGAGUGCAUACCGACUGGGUGAAUGCUACGAAUACGGCAAGAUGGGUUGCCCUCAAGAUCCUGCAUUAUCAAUACACUACUACAAUAUUGCUGCCCAACAAAAUCAUCGUGAUGCGUGCUUCGCGUUGACUGCGUGGUAUCUCGUCGGCUCGCCAGGCGUUCUUCCGCAGUCUGACACGGAGGCUUUCUUGUGGGCGCAAAAAGCGGCGGACGCAGGCCUUGCGAAGGCGAUGUAUGCCGUUGGCUACUUCCUCGAAGUCGGCAUUGGAACUCCAGUCAACAUGCAAGAGAGCAUUUCCUAUUAUAAACGCGCGGCGGAGUUGGGUGAUAAACGAGCAAUCCAGCGCCUGCGUGGGUCUCAAAGCCAGCCUAUGCCUCAACCCGGUGGACCUGGUGCAGUUCUUCAUCGGGGCCAAGGAGAAGACAUAUCCGGCAAAGGUGGGAAGGACAAGGAUUGUGUUAUCAUGUAG